GCUGCAACGCCUUUUCCUGUCAAACAACUUGGGGAGAUAAAUUCACCAUCUUGAAAGCCGCAUUUGCGAUUGUGACCACUGGUGACCUUCGGUUAUUUGCCCAUGCCGGUCCUGAUCCAGUCAUGGACAGCUCCUUGUUUUUGGUUUUGGGCUAUCUUGGCCUUGUCAUGAUUGCUCAAGCUAAAGAUUGUUCCAGGCCUACAUUAGGCAGCAACACAAACCUCAACGAUGAGGACUUACUUAAAGAUACAUUUCCAGAUGGGAGCAAAGCUAAUCUUGUCUGCGCUGUGGGUCACCGGUGGACGGGGGGGGUUAAAUAUGUCACAUGUACAGAUGGUGUGUGGAGUCCUGUGACCAUACAAUGCACCGCUAUUUCCUGUGGCGCUGCAGAGCAAGUAGAGAAUGGGAUUGUUGAUUAUCCAAAUGGUAUUGAGUUUGGUGCCCAAUUAUCCAUCAGUUGUAAUAGAGGUUUCAUAUUGGUUGGUGCCGCUCAACGCACUUGUUUGGCCGAUGGAACCUGGAGUAACCACCCACCCAGCUGUACAGCGGUGACCUGUGAUCCUCCACCAAAAGUGGCUCAAGGCAAUUUCAACCCUCCUAUUGACAUCUACCAGUAUGAAGGCGUUAUACAAUACUCCUGUGACCAAGGUUAUGUUCUCAAUGGAUCCAAACUUCGACAUUGUUCCGAUGAUGGACAAUUCAAACCUGGUCCACCUGUUUGUGUCAAGGUUAACUGUCCUGAGCUGGAGAUUGUAAAUGCCGAGAUGGUUUCAGGCGCUCGACCCCCGUACGGGCACAUGGCGUCCGUGACGUUUGAGUGCAUAUCUGGAUACAAGAUGGUUGGCUCUCCCUCCGUGACGUGUGACAUCAACAGUCGCUGGUUACCGAAACUUCCAAGUUGUCAGCGAAAAGAAAUUCCUAAAUCGACUACAACGGUUACAACCCCUAAGGCCAAAGUGACGCCAACAGCCUCUUCUGAACCAGAUCCUGAAACGGGAGACAAAAAUGAUGGUAGUCAUUUGGGGAUGUCUCUGGGUAUUGCUUUUGCAGUCAUCAUUGGAUUAGCUAUCGCCAUUAUCAUUGGAUGCUAUUACUUUGGAUGCCUUGCAUUUAUCAACAAAAAGAGCAAAAAUGGCUAUCGGAAAGGCCACUCCGACCAUGAGGCUACCACAGAUGUGGAGGGAAUGGUGCUCUCGUGAUGGCAGGACUCCUGCUGGCACAACAUUGCUAGAAAUGGGAAGAGGACUGUAACUGAUGUCUGUGUCGAGUGGACGUCGAAUUAGUUUCUCAUGACAGUUCAGUAACACUUUCCAGUUAGCACUAUGCUCGAGUUUUGGUUUUUGUCAGCGCAUUUCUGAAAACAA